GACACCACACAGACAGACACACACACCCUCCAGGAUGUCCUGCUGGUCAUGGAUGCCCGGGUCGAAGCCGGAGAUUUGAAGGAAGAAGAGCGGGAAUCGUCGGAACCGGCGGGAGAGGAGGGGGAUCGGGACCCCCUCCCCCCAUACACACACACACACAAACACACAAGGUGGUGCUGUUGGUUUCCCGGAACCCGAUAUCCUGAGCCCCAAUGGAGGAUUCGGGGCCACGACGUUCGACUCUCGUUUCCCGGUUACCGAUAUUCCGGAGGAGCAUCAGCAGGAGACAUGAUUCACUUCCCUCCUCUCCAUCCCCCAGAAAUACAGUUGGCGUCCACAGCUCCUCUCCCUCCAGCACAAACUCAAGCUCAGGCAGUACUGGCAAACGCCGGAGCUUGUUCUGGACCCCAUCCAUUAGCUUCCAUCAUAAAAAGGGGGCCGCUGUCAAGGAAGACCCUCGCAGUGCAGCCCUGGGCAUUUCCAAUGGGGCUCAGCCUUGCCACAGUGGUUUGCAAAAACUCAGCGUGGAAGAAUGUGCUAAAACCCGAGAAAGGCAUCCAGUCGGUUUCAGUGGUUCCCGCGGUAAGAAGAUAACCCGGUCUUUGACGGAGGAUUUCGAAAAGGGAAAGGAGCAUUCAACUAAUAAGAAUGUCUUCAUAAACUGUCUAAGUUCCGGCAGAAGUGACAGGGAUGAUUCUGGCUUCGUGGAAGAACCGAAUAGAUGUUCGGUGAAGCAGUCCACACGGAAACUCCUUCCUAAAUCCUUUUCGUCACACACCAAGUUCCCCAAACCAGCUGCCCAGAGCCCUACCGUCACAGGCCCGGCCCGGGGGGAUUUCUCACUGGAAAUUUCUCCAAGCGGAAAGAGCGAACGUUUGUAUGGAGUGACCCCUCCGUCGCAUUCGGAGGAGGGGACGGAACGGGCAGCGGGGUCUUUGCAAUCCCCGCUGCUCUCUGCUGAUCUCACCACAGCCCUGACGCCUUCGGAGUUUUUAGCUCUGACUGAAGAGUCAAUCUCAGAGGUAGAUGCUCCUCCCAGGAGGGGUAGCCCAGCCUCUCGACCUGACAACUUGGGCCCUGGCAGUUUGGCUUCUCAGACGUCCCUCAGUCCUGCCACGGCCGCGAAGACCACAGGACUCAGAGGAGAGUCUGCGCGGCAUGAAAAUAGCUUGCCUGAAGAGCAGAGGUUAGAGGGCCAGUGCACCCAUUCUCUAGCGGAUGAUCAUCAAACCAAAGUAGUAUUACAGAUCUCGGACCGGAAUGGGGAGGCCACGAAUGGUCCAAGGGCACGUGUGUCUGCAGCCCCUGGAUCGGAAGAGUUGUUUGGGGUUCACAGAGCAGAAAGAAUAGUGGGCUCCCCUGGGAGACCUGGAUUUUGUGAGGAACACCGUAAAACAGCAGUAGGACAUGUUAAAGGGGGGCAUCCGGCUCCAGAUUCCAAUAAUAUUCCCUCGCCUGCUGAUUUUCAAUCUUUCUACACAGCUCAAAAUGUCUACGAAGCCAAUUACACUAAAGUUAAUCUUGCAUGUAGCUUCAGUCCAUGCCAAGAAGGGAGAGUCAUUGAAAGGAGAUUGAGGUCCUCUUCAGAAGGAACUGCUGGGAUUAGUAGAAUGAUUUCAAAACCAAAGGAAGGAAAAACAGAAGAACUUAGUAGUCUACGAAGGCAGAGAAUGAACUCAUCAUCUUCAAAAAUGAAUAGCCUGGAUGUUCUGAAUAAUUUGGGUUCCUGUGAACUGGAUGAAGAUGACCUCAUGCUUGACCUGGAAUUCUUAGAAGAGCAGCAUCUCCCUCAUUCUGUCUGCCGGGAGGAUUCAGCCCAGUCAGUAGUGUCUUGCACUGCGGUCCUACUUACUCCUGUAGAACCAUCCAUCGAAGUAAGGCAAAGAGAGGAACCAAAAUUCCCUGGGUCUGCCAAACAGAACCUUUCCCUGAAGUGUUCAAAAGAGGCCAGCGGGAGUGACUCCAGGGGCCCCCCCGUCCCCAGAGACCUCAGUAGUCCAUCCCUGGGAUGGCCAUCAGCAGGUCUGGAGGAAGGCGGAGUCGUCGAUUCUUUUCCCUUCAGACUGAUGAUGCAGGACUGUACGGCUGUCAAGACCCUCCUCCUGAAAAUGAAAAGAGUUCUUCAAGAGAGUGCAGAUAUGAGUCCAGCCAGCAGCAAUACUUCCCUUCCUGUCGGUCCACUAACUGAAGAGCCAUUGCCUUUCAAGGAUACGAUAAAGGAUGAAUGUUCCAGCCUGAAACUGCAGCUGAAAGAACGGGAUGAACUCAUUGCCCAGCUGCAGAAGGAACUGGAAAAAACCCAACGUCUGCAGAAGGCGUCGGUGUCCCAGGAGGAUAAAUGCACCCAGACUGAACUUGUAGCCCAUGAUGGCACGGCUUAUGGAAGUGCUCCUGUUCCUUCUCGCAGGCAGUUAUGCUACGCAUCGAAACAGAACUGUGAGCCAAAAUCUCAGCACAAGGGACAGAAAGUCGGUGCCUAUUCCCUCCGAGGACCAUUUUAGACUCGCCCCGGCAGA